UGCAAAUAAUCUCACUCAUGCAUUCUGUUUUUUUUUUUAAUUGGAACCACAUCUCUGCAAGUUCUGUUGCUUCCAUGUGUUAGCUCUGCGAAUACAGAUGGAGUCGAUGAUGCUGAUGUAUUCAAAACCCGUCCAAGGUGCUUUCCACCGACUCUUUUUUCUCCUGGGACCUGCCCAUCAGCUUCUACAUCUCAAGCAAUGUUGAUUCUCUCCUGUCCUUCCAAGUUGCAGCUGCUGGAGGGGAUGCUGAAGAAGUGCCUCCCUCAAGCACUUGCGGUCCAUGGUGCAGUAAUGAACAUAAACCGUGGGAACCCAGUUGGCCAUGAGGUGAUUGUGGAUUCAUGGCCAAAAUUCAAAGCCAUCCUCACCCGACCACGCAGAGAGGUUGUCUCAGAUGACUCAGAUCACUAUGUCAAUGUGUAUGCAGCGUUUUACCAUGAUCCUAAUGUCUACCGGACACUGAUGUUAGAUACAGAUGCUGUCAACUGGGCUCAAUCCUUUCGCAUCCAUGGGAACCAGGAUGGGAUAUAUAAAGUCUUCCAAGAUUCUGCCACCAGCAAGCAUGAGCCACUGUCAGUUACUUCUUAUAUCACCUAUACGCACCCCAACCCAAGUAUACUUCCUGAGUACCAGUUAGAGCCUGGUUUUACAAUGUCCUCCCUGAAUGCCUCUCAUGUUGAUCUGCUGAACGAAACAUGGAACUAUGGAGGCAAUGAACAAAGUCGCCAUUACCUGGCCAGCGUGGUGCAGCAUUUCUUCACUACCUGCGUCAUGGACACUGAUUGUCAACCUAUCAGCUGGAGCACAAUGGAUUUUCUUGGUGCAAUGGCAAACACCUACACACUGCCAUCACACCGUGGAAAGCACUAUUCAGCCAUGACAAUGAGGGCACUGGCCAUGAAAGUCCAUGCAGCUGGCUACCCUGUAUAUGGCAAUGUUGCCCUAAGUAAUGUCCACAUGCAGAAGAUACAUGAACAUCGGGGCUACCAGAAAUUGUCUGAAUUGUAUCAUAUCUGCUUCCAUGCCAAAAUGUAGCAAUGGAAACAUAAGAGGGGUUUCUCUGUCUGUCUCCCUAAGUCCCACUGCCUUCCAGGCCGUUCAAGUUAUAACUCUGAUAUUGCUCUGAAUGAGAGGGAGAGACAGAGAGCCCUCCACUGACCUCUUUUAGUGGCUAAUCAUUAAGGGUUUUCCUUAAAAUUUUAAUUGUAUUUUUAUGUAACAUCAGUUCUCUUACAAUAAAAUGAUUUCAGAGAUAAGGGAUCUAGAAUUUUAUCUAUGUCUGAUCUGUAAUAAUAUAAUAAAUAGUAAAAUAAUAAAACUUUAUUUA